AUGUCCAAGAAUCACAAUGAUAUUUAUGAUUAUAGACACCCACUUUAUAUUGGUAAGUGGCGAAAGUCUGUCGUGUGCCUAACCAAAGAGUUUGCAAACGACAAUUUAGACGAGCCUCAUUUGAAGCGAAGAACCACAAUUUUGAGCCAAUAUCCUGAAAUUGAAAGACUAUACGGAUACGACUUCAGUACUGCAGUUAUCGCUAUUAUAAGCACAAUGGUUCAAGUGAUUGCAACAUAUGUAUUUAGUCACCUCUUGGUUGAUUGGAAUUGGGCUAUUGUCCUUUUUUCAUUUGUCAUUGGAGGGAGUAUGACGCAAAUUUAUAGCGCAGUAAUUCAUGAAACAGCGCAUUGCCUCGCGGCAAGUACUGAGAUGCAGAAUCGUAUUUUGGGUCUUAUUGCAAAUAUAGCCAUACCAAUACCUAUAGCUAUGUCCUUUCGUCGAUACCAUUUAGAACAUCAUGCUUUUCUAGGAGUAAAUGGGAUAGAUCUGGAUUUACCUUUAAAGUGGGAAAGAGAGGUUAUUGGUGGUAGCACAGCGCUUAAAUUAUUGUUGGUAAGCUUUUAUCCCGUAAUACAUUUUAUUCGCAUUAUAGCUAUGUUAAAGAGUCCACAACCGUGGGACAUCCAUCCAGCAGCAGCACGUUUUAUUCAAGAACAUUAUACGUUUGAUGAUGGACAAGAAACCUAUUCUUAUUACGGAAAUCUUAAUAAAAUAUUUAUGAAUAUUGGAUAUCAUAAUGAACAUCAUGAUUUUCCACAGACAACAAAAUGUCGCGAUGACGUGAUCAGUAAUAUUUCGUUUUUAACGUUAAGUCAGAUACCGUGGACAAGACUUCCCGAAGUUCGUAAUAUUGCAACCGAAUAUUACGAUAACCUCGCUUAUCAUACGUCGUGGUUUAUGGUUCACUGGAAUUUUAUCUCGCAAAAGCAGUUUGGGUCACAAUGUCGUGUAACUAGAAGUCUUAAAGCUCAUAAAAAAGGUCGAAAAUUGUUAACUACCUUAAAAAGGAUGUUAUCAUAG